UUUCAGAUUAGAGUACAAAUACAAUUUUUUUAUUCAUCCAGAGAGAAUCAUAUUCUAGAAAUCCCCCGCAAUCAAAAAACAAAUCUACCUUUGUACUUACAUGCUAUUUUUCAACAUGGACAGUGAUGGAUACUACAAUAAUUCUAGUGAAAUGCCUGAGGUGCCUGAUGUUGCUAUUCUCUAUUGUGGAGAACUUCCUCAUCAUAAGAUGGGGAUACGAUUGAACACUUACAAGAAUUUUGACGAGGGUUCCACGGUUGGAAGAAUUAUGGGAUACAAUGAUCUCAGUGACAGAAAAAGCAACAAUGAUCUGGAUUUCUCCGAGUUCAUGACCAAGGAAGAGCGGAAAGCAAGUGAGGUUAGGGAGAGAGAAAGGAAGAAGAUGGAAGAAGCGAGAAAGGAAGAACAGGAAAGGCUCCAAGAAGAAGCUGAUAUGGAGAAAUUAAAACUUCUUAGGGAAGAGGUUAGUAGAGAGGAACAAGAGACCGGUGGACUCAAAAACGCCAAGGAUAUAUUUAACAAGGUCAACAAUCUUACAGUUGUCAAGAUGGAGAAAAGAAGAAAGAGUAUUCACCAACCAAAAGACAAUCGAGUCCUGUAUUCUGGUAAACCCGGAGCUGAAGGUGGACCUGUUUCUGUUGGGGGAGAGAGGAUUGAUAUAGAUACAGCUUGUGAAUUGAAGGAGAUAUGCUGGGGUGGAUCUAGCUAUAUACCUAAACCUAACUGGAUAAAAUCUAGUAUAAGUUUCCAUGAACCUGAAAACCUAAAUGCAUUUGGAAUUCGAACAGAUAAAGGAGCAACUAAGGAGUUCCAGAUUGUUUUACAGGCUUAUAUUCUCAAACAAUUAAUGUUUGAAGGCAAAACGACCAAGAAAAACACAAGUGAAACUACAGCGGGCGGCCGGUUCAGAAAAUACAAGCUGGAGGAUGAAGGUCCUAAAAAACCUGUCAAACCAACCAAGAAAAAAAAGGAGAAACAAGUGGUUGACGAUGAGAUACAACUUCUACGACCCAGUGAUGUUACACAGAGAGAGAUCUUGAUCGGAGCUAUAGCUGAGAUUUUAUGGAAGGUGGGUGGACAAACAAGAGCUGUUCUCGCAAUCCCAGAUACAGAACUCUCCUUCGAGAUUACUCCACGUAUAACAGCAGAUAAAAUCACUGAAAAGUUACGAAUAUUUAAAGCGAACAAGGAGGAAGAAGCUAAAAAUAUUGUUAAAAAACAUAUUUCCUACUUUAUGCAGCACGAGGGUGGAGGUCUGAUACUUCUACUCUAUAGUAUUGUUCUUUCCAGAGGAAUUGAUGAGUUGAGAAAAGAUCUUCAGAGUCAUUCUAACGAUGCCUUAAUCACUCCUGAUGAUAAUAUUCUCCUUGGGUUAUCUAAUCUAAUGCUGACUGGAGUAGGAACUCCCUACCUACACAAUGGUAUAAUGACGGCUGAUACAGAUGAUGCAACUAAUAUUGAGGAGAAAAAUGGUGAAACUGGGGAAACUGAGUACGGGGACGGAAAGGUUGGUAUCUCAGGACGGAAUGAUAUUGGGUUUUUACUCUGGGGUAAUGAUGAGGAACAUACGAUGAAAUACAACCUAGGUUCUAGACUGAAGACUCCUGUUCUCCCUAUCUGGGUAACCUUCUGCUCCGGACAAUGGGGAGUUCUUUUCAAUCCUAACCGAGAUCUCAUGAAAUCCUACCAAGCAGAGAACAGGUUCCAGUUAUACUACUACAGCGAUACACCAACCAAGGAGAAGAAAGAAACAGUUUUAACCAUUGAUACAAGAUCUACAAAGAUUAAGCAGAAGAUGAUUAUAGACUCCGGUGUCGAGGAUUUUGAUGAGGUUGAGGAUGAUCCUCUGGAGAAAGCUAUUGAGACCAAGUGGGAGGGUGCUACAGUUGACUGGGGAGGAAUAGCUCCAUACGUUUAAUAAUCUUCAGUUCAAUCAAGAUGUACUCAGUUAAUACGUUCAUUCAAAAAGAAAUUACUCGCUUCAAACCUUUAUUUCCUAACUCUUAUAUCUCACAAACCUGAUGUACAAUUAAAUCUGUUUGAUAGGGCAGUCACAGUUGACCAUCAGGUUGCAAAGAUAUAGGAUAUAAUAGAUUAUAGUUUGAAGCGGAUUAUCAGUUCCUUUUCAGAAUCUUAGCAUACUAGAUGUCAGUAGACUAGUGAAUUUCAUAAAUGAAGGAUACCUUUUAUAAUUAAAGACAAAUUGAAAUUUAAUGGUUUUUUAUUAAUUUUGACACUGAUAUUCUGAAAAGUUUUCUUCCUUAAUUAAACCUAGAUCCUGAAUACCUCCCAAUCUAUACACUGGGAUUUAAAACGUAGAAUAUAGAAUUUGGUUGAAACCAGUCUAACAGCUUUGAGAGAACAUUUUGUGUAAUUAUCGUUAAAGUAUUAUCAAUGUAAUAUUGUUAGUUUCGUUUUCAUAAACCAUUAAAUUUAAAAUGCACCUUUAGCCUUCAUACAUUUUCUUUUCCUAUGAUAGUAUCAAUUAGAAGAAAAACAAUAUUAACACUUUUACUUAUUUUGACUAGCAAUAGGUCUAGUUAAAAAGCAAGUAAUUAACAAGUUAUGGGUUUGCUUCAACUGUAUUUAAACAGACCUAUACAAACACUGCGCCUUAAUUUAAGCUUUUUAGAAUUUUUAUGUUAAAAGGCGUGUUAUAAGAUUUGAAAUAAUGUAAUAGUGGUUUUUUGCAUUUAUCUGUUGUAGAAUCAAAUCUGAGUAAAGUAUAGUUGCCAUAUAGUGUCAAAUAAAAUACAUUUUUA